UGGUUUCAAAAUGUGGAAAAUUGUAUUCCUGAGUUUUCUCAGUCUCUACGUACAGCUGGCGACCUCUGUCAAAGAUCCACAUUUGUGCAUCAAAAAUGUGGAAGUUUCUUACACUGUAACGGAACGUGCUUCCCUGGAGAGCUAUGGCGAGUUUGCAAAUCUAUUAAAGAUGCUAAAUGUGCCAGGCGAAAUGCGCACCAUUCAAAAAACCAAAUUGGAAGCACGUGAGGAAUGCUGUGAAGGCUACGAACGCUCGACUAAAGCUGAUGAGGGCUGCCAACCUGUGCCAACUGUGCUCCAGGAUGAGCCGAGCUCAACUGUGUCUGUUAUCGAUAACAAUCCGAUUGUGCCUCUGGCCAUAUCGAAUAGUUCUAAACUCAGCUACCGCUGUUGCAAAAUUGAGCUAAUCCUUAUAUGUGCAAUUGUACAUAUCUUCACGCGUUUGUAAAGAGAUAUGUCGCAUAUAUAAAUAUAAAUAUUGUUAUCAUCUAAAUGUGCAUGAAUACAAU